UAAAAACCGUCAAAACAUAUGGCGAACGUAAACAAGACGGUGUUCGCCACAGUCGGCACGACGAAAUUCGACAAGUUCACCGAAGUAUUGGUCACCACCGGCGUGCUUAAGGUACUGAAAGGUCGCGGCUUCACGCGGUUGAUGAUCCAGUACGGAAAUGGCUCGUUCAUCCCUCCAGACUGUAAUCUAGAGGGUGUCCAGAUCAGCUCGUAUCGCUUCAAGGACUCGCUCAAACAGGACAUGUCCUCUGCAGACUUGGUCAUAAGUCACGCAGGUGCGGGCACGUGUCUCGAGGCGCUCGAGUUGGGCAAGAAGUUGGUCGUGGUGGUCAACGAGGACCUGACGGACAAUCACCAAGUGGAGCUGGCAAAGAAAUUCGCCGACAUGGGCUAUCUUCUAUAUUCCACAUGCGUCGAUUUGGCGAAUUUGGACAUGUCUAGUCUGCUAGUUCGAUUGAGUGGGAAAUUUUUCCGAACUGCUCCGGCGAGCAUCUUAAUUCCAAAAAGACUUGCUGGUCACAGCAAGUGGGCCAACAUUAAGCAUAUUAAAGCUUUAAAAGAUGGCAUCAAGAGUAACACUUUCCUAAAAUUAUCCUCACAAAUAAAAGUGGCUAUAAAUGAGGCUGGUGGGAACUCGGACCCGAAUUCAAAUCACAAACUGAAAUCUGUCAUUGAAGUUGCUAAGAAAAAUAACAUGCCUUCUGAAACAAUCCAAAGGGUUUUGGAACGAGCAAAAGCGGUGGGAAAGGCAGUGACAGUUGAAAUGAAAGGUCCAGGAGGGUGUUGGCUGAUUUUGUCAUUGGUGUCCAACAAUGCAAUUGGUGUAAAAAAUUCCCUUAAAAGCAAAUGCCGGAAAUAUAUGUUUCAAGAAGCACCCGGUGGUUCGAAAACAUCUUUCGACUACAAAGGUGUAAUUGUGGCAAAACCAGAAUCCGGGGCAGCUUCUUUGGAAGCGAGUCUUGAGCAUGCAAUUGAGGCAGGAGCAGAGGAUGUCGUUUGUAAUGAAGAGGAUGGAACAUUAGAGUUUCAGUGUGACCCUCGAGAACUGUUCAAAGUUCAACACACGCUGAUGCAGCUCAAAUAUGAUAUAAUGGACUCGUCAAACAAGCACAUCCCAAAGAACAAAGUCAAAUUACCAGACGAGUCUUUGGAAGUAAUUUCAGAAUUAAUCGACUAUUUGUCGCAAAUCCCUGAAAUUGUUGAAGUUGUGGACAAUAUUGAAUAAAACUCCUUUAGUAUAAAAACUACAACACAUCAAAAU